UUCAUACGUGCAGUACUUCAUAACCUAGGCUGCUUGACAGCUGAGAAGAUUAUCAGUUAUAGUCGCCUAGUGUGUGUGUAUGUGUAGGCUACCAAUAUUGUCUAAUCUACAUUGAAAACAUGGCCAAAUCAUGCACUGGAAAAGAUGUGGCGGAGCGUAUUGGAUACAUCACACGAGUACAAUCUUUCAGCGCUUGCCAUCGACUGCACAGUAAAUGUCUGAGCGACGAGGAGAACAAGAGAGUAUUUGGAAAGUGCAACAAUCCCAAUGGACAUGGACACAAUUACAAAGUGGAGGUGACUGUGCGAGGAAAAAUCGACCGUCACACUGGCAUGGUCAUGAACCUCACAGAUCUAAAAAAGUACAUUGAGGAGGUAAUCAUGAUUCCACUGGAUCACAAGAACUUGGACAGGGAUGUCCCAUACUUUGCUGAUGUAGUCAGCACAACAGAGAACGUGGCAGUGUUCAUCUGGGACAGCUUGUGCACGGUCAUCCCUGACGGCCUCCUCUACGAGGUGAAGAUCCACGAGACGGACAAGAACAUUGUGGUGUACCGGGGAGAGUGAGGCCGACCCGUCCACAACCUCGUAGGGGUCAAAGGUCACGCUCACGCUCUGGGUGUGGGCUUUUGGUUUUGAGUUCAUAUAUUUGUCCGAUUGAGAAUAGGACGUUAAGUUACUGUAGUUGGUGAGUCAUGGCUGAAUGGGGCUUAGGUUUGUUUUUCAAUGUGGGUGGGACGGCUUCUUUUAAACUAAAUUUUAAUUUUAAUUUAAAUAUUUAACUGCCGUUAAAUAUCAUUUUCCUAACAAAAGU